CGCCGUCUCCGUCCAUCGCAGCUUCAUCCCUCUGCUCCAAUCCACGGCUUCGAUCGUCUCACCGCACACCACCAUCUAUUCUGUCGUCGCACACCGCCACAUUCGACACCCCACCACAGCUUUGUCGUCUCGGAAUAGCGUGCCGUCGAUCUGCAGCCGCCAACGCCGUCUCCAACGCCUACCCUUCCGAUCUUCUUCGUCGUUCCCUCCUCCAGCUCCCCUGCGACGCUACAGCUAUCAAACAUGCUUUUAUUGAUUAUUUCAUCUAUUUUUUGUAAUUUUUUAUUGAUUUAUCUAUUAUUGUUUCAUUUUUGAGCAAUUCUUCAAAGUUUGUUCCCUUUCUUUGUCUCGUGUUUGGGUACUUUAGAUUGGUUUAGUGGUGAAAUCUAUGUAGUUUUCUUGAGAACUAAAUUAGAAAGGAGGAACAUUUUUGAACUUAAAUCAAGAGCUCAAGAAUGGCUUCUGUGUUUAGAUUUGUGCUUAAAUCAGGAAUUUAGUACUCUUUUUUGUUUUUCUUUUGCAGCUAGAAUUCUUCCAGUUGUGAAAAAUCAACAUCUUUUGCUUUGUACACUCUUGAUUGGCAACUCUUUAGCAAUGGAGUCUCUGCCUAUAUUCUUGGACAAGCUUGUGCCUUCGUGGGCGGCAGUUCUAGUGUCGGUUACACUCAUUCUCAUGUUUGGUGAGAUAUUGCCCCAGGCAGUUUGCGCUCGCUAUGGAUUGACAGUUGGAGCGACAGUGGCACCUUUCGUUCGUCUGCUGCUUUGGCUUUUUUUCCCGGUUGCUUAUCCAAUUAGUAAGGCUGGGAAAGGAGGCGAUCUGACUCAUGACGAAACAACCAUUAUUGCUGGUGCUCUUGAGCUGACGGAGAAAACAGCUAAAGAUGCCAUGACACCGAUAUCGAAGGCAUUCUCUGUUGAUCUGGAUGGAACUCUUGAUUUGGAGACGCUUAAUUCUAUAAUGACAAUGAGGCAUAGUAGAGUACCUGUAUACUAUAGAAAUACAGCAAAUAUUAUCGAACUUAUUUUGAAAAAUUGAGCUCUAACUGAAGAUAAUGUUUCAGAAGAUCAAAGUGGCACUGAUGUAAGGUUCUACAUUCAACAUUUAAUGCGGCAACUUGGAAGCAACUCCUACACGGGGCGGCAUAUAAUCCUUUCUAUUUCUAACUUGUGGCUAACACUAGUAAAAAAAACAUUAAUAAAAUCGAAUAAUUCUGCAUUCUGGUACUGUUUGUUGAAUGGGGGAAAAUGAAUGCCUUUCAUGCACUGA